UUCAACCAAAAGGUUUGCAACCACAUUGUCGGUUGUCGAUAAGGUUGAUUUCAAAUAAGCUACCUAUAUGGUAAUGGCGUCUUAUUGACCACCGAACAUAAGUAGCCUUUUGGUUAAAAAUCGCACAUAUAUAUGUAUAUAUAUAGGAAAACAUGUACCUUACCUACACACCUACAGGAAGCAUACCUUGGCGAACACGGCAACGCGUCGCCGCGCCGCGCCGCUCGAUACGCGCGGCGCGCGCGUACCGCGCGUCGCCCCUCGCCCCAUUGCCACAAUACCAGCCCUUUAAACAACACCCUGCCGCUUCCCGGUGAAAAUAACAAAUAAGAAUUAGAAAAUUAGAAUAUAAUAACCUGCUACAGUUCAGUCCAUUCCAGUGUCUUUAUUCGAGUCAAGAAGAUAACCGUAGGACGUAGCCAGCACAUGAAAGAUGAAUGAACUGGAUUUGAUCAAGGAGGUCGAGAAACGGCCGAUUUUGUACGACAAAUCGGUCAGUGGGUUCAAUAAAACAAAACUCAGGGAUGAUGCCUGGAAAGAAGUCCAAGAGGCACUCAAUGUGUCAGCUGAAGCUGAGUGUAAGAAACGUUGGCGAUCCCUGCGCGACUCCUUCAUUAAACUGCAAAGAACUCACGGAGGCCGGACUCGGUGGCCAUACCACCAAGCCAUGCGGUUCCUUCUGCCCCAUCUGGACCCCAACCAUAGCAGUUCAUCAAAAAAAGAAGAUGACUCAGACACGGAAGAAGAGCGCCGCCCUCAACAGUCUCUCCCCGACCUGACCUUCCAAGACAAGUUCGAGUAUGACGACGAGCAGCCAGCACCCAAAAAGGCUCGCCUCAACUCCUCAGAGGAAGAACCACAGAGAACUGACCCAGACGAACUAUUCCUCUUCAGCUGCGCGCCCAUUUUAAAGAGAUUAAACUCGAAACAAAACGCGGCAGCGCGCUUGAAAAUCUUACAAGUUCUGUAUGAGGCAGAAUUCGGGAGUCAGAUGGAAAUGCCGUACGUUACGACAACUGAAAAUGGGUUGGGGAUUAUCGAUGGUGUUGAAUAAUUUAUUAUAAGGUUUUAAAUUAAGUAUACAUAAACUUUGAAAGUGCUAAACCAUAAGAAUUCAGUGAUCUCAAUACAGAAAUGUCACAGUAACAUUUGUGAUAUGCCUCAGAAUGAAGAAUGGUCAUAGUCCUUUUGAUCUGAUAAAAGGAAUAUCCUUUUGAUACCUACUUACAUAAAUUGUAAUACAUUCACAGUUUGACGACCACUUUCCCACUUGUAAAGUUUGUGUUAAGUAAAUUGUGUAAUGACUAGAAUUGUUAAAUUACAGCUUAAAUACAUUUUUAAAGUGAGUGCAAUUAUAUUUAACGUUACUUUUU